AUGAGUAAUAUGUGGACCACGACAACAAAUUGUAUUAGAGAAGCUUCUAGAGAGGUGUUAGGGGUCACGAAUGGAUACACUGGAUGCCACAAAAGGGAUUGGUGUAGGAAUAAAGAAUUCCUAAAAAAUGUGAAAGCCAAGAAAGCAACACAUCUGAUUCUAGUGGAGAGCGCAAUCAAGGAGGAGAGGAGGACGAAUAGGGAGUGCUAUAAGAGGGCUGAAAAAGUGGAAACAUUAGCGGUCACGAUGGCUAAGAAUGCAACGUUUAGGCACCUGUAUGAGGAACUGGGGAGUAAAGGCGGUGACAAGAGACUAUAUAGGCUCUUUAAGGUGGAGGAGGUUGAGGGGGUGAUGCGGAAGAUGAGUAGGGGUAAAGCGGCUGGGCCAGAUAAGAUUCUGGUAAGAUAUUUGAAAGAUGGGGGCCAGGCAGGCUUGGAGUGGCUUAGUGGAUUGUUUAAUGUCAUUUCAGGACGCAGAUACCCGAUGAAUGGAGUAGGAGCUUGA